AUCACCGGAAGUGCGCGUCACUUCCUAGUGCUGCAUCUGACGUGUCUAAAACAGUUUUGCUCUGGUGGUGAAUUUUACUCGUGGGGGAUUUAUUAUCUAUCGUGCUGAUAUCUGAGACAAGGUGACAAGAUGCUAGAUUUCUUCACCAUCUUCAGCAAAGGGGGGAUAGUGUUGUGGUGUUUUCAGGGAGCCGGGGUCACCGAAUCAUUCACCGAGCCUGUCAACGCUCUGAUCCGCUCCGUAAUCCUUCAGGAGCGAAGUGGGAACAAUUCAUACACCCAUGAGGCCCUGAAUCUGAAAUACAAACUCGACAAUGAGUUUGAGUUAAUUUUUGUGGUGGGUUUUCAAAAGAUCCUGACGCUGACUUAUGUGGACAAGUUCAUAGAUGACGUUCAGCUCCAUUUUAGGGAUCGUUAUAAGAAUGAGCUGGAGCAAAAGGGGCCUUUGAAACUAAUCCAAAACAACUUUGCAUUUGAGGAUGACUUCACAAUGCUUCUUAAAGAUGCGGAGAAGAGCAGCAAAGCUCGGAGCCAAGGCAACAUGCGGACCUUUGAUCAGUCUGAGAAAUCCCAAAAAACUGUGAAGUCAAUGAUAGAGACCAAGGGUGGGGAAAAAGUCAAGGAACAGGGUGGCAAGAAGAAUAAAAAUAAUAAAAAGGAGGCUACUGCAGCUGAGCCUGUCAAACUGGAUCAAGGCAAGGCUGGGCAGAAGACGGCUGAAAACGGUAACCAGGGCUUGACUUCUGAGGAGAUCAUGCUGAAGAAGAGGGAGGAGUUCUUUCGCAAGCGCACCGCGGUACCUACUGAAAAACCAGUUAAGUCCCCAAAGCCUCAGAAGCCUAGGGAGAAACAGAUGCGUGUCUGGGACAUGGGUGGUAACAGCACCAAGGAGGUGGACUACAGCCGAAGGAAUGGAGAUGGAUCGUCAAACGGUGGCGAUCAGAACCAGGAAGCACAAAUUUACCUGGGGGAGCAGUUGAACUCCAUGAAAGGAGACCUGCUGUCUGUGGACUAUGAGUCCAGUGAGGAGGAAGAAGGGAUGGAGGAAGAAGAGGAAGAGGAGAGAGUGGUUGUCAAUCAAACAAGCAAGACGAGCUCCAAAAAGAGUGGCGGUUUUGGAGGCAUGUUCGGGAUGCUCAAGGGCCUUGUGGGCUCCAAGAGCUUGUCCCGGGAGGACAUGGAGCCAGUACUGGAAAAGAUGAGGGACCACCUCAUCGCAAAAAAUGUAGCAGCCGACAUCUCCUCCAAGCUCUGUGACUCUGUCGCCAUCAAACUGGAGGGCAAAGUCAUGGGCACAUUCACCACUGUGGCCUCAACUGUAAAGCAGGCCUUGCAGGACUCUCUGGUGCAGAUCCUGCAGCCCAAGAGGAGGGUGGAUAUUCUGAGAGAUGUCAUGGAGGCGCGGAGCCAGCGGAGGCCUUUUGUUGUCACUUUCUGCGGUGUCAACGGGGUUGGGAAGUCCACCAACCUGGCCAAGAUCUCUUUCUGGCUGAUAGAGAACGGUUUCACUGUGCUGAUCGCAGCCUGUGACACGUUCCGUGCAGGAGCUGUGGAGCAGCUCCGCACUCACCAGCGCCGCCUGAACUCUCUGCACCCCCCGGAGAAGCAUGGAGGACGCCCGGUAGUCCAGCUCUAUGAGAAGGGCUACGGGAAAGAUGCUGCUGGGAUUGCCAUGGAGGCCAUUGCCUAUGCCCGCAACCAGGCUUUCGACGUGGUGCUGGUGGACACUGCUGGGCGUAUGCAGGACAACACGCCCCUGAUGACAGCUCUGGCCAAACUCAUCGCAGUCAACAUGCCCGACCUAGUACUGUUUGUUGGAGAAGCUCUGGUUGGCAAUGAGGCAGUUGACCAGCUGGUAAAGUUCAAUCAGGCUCUGGCCGACCACUCCAUGUCUGAGAAGCCUCGCCUCAUUGAUGGCAUUGUCCUCACUAAGUUCGACACCAUCGAUGACAAGGUCGGUGCUGCCAUCUCCAUGACUUACAUCACGGGCCAGCCCAUAGUGUUUGUGGGCACAGGGCAGACCUACAACGACCUGCGCAGCCUAAACGCCCGCGCCGUGGUCAGCGCCCUGAUGAAGGCCUAAGUGGCUGCAUGAUCCGCUGUGUAACUCAUCGUCGCAACAAAGCCAACCGAACCAUUCUGCCACAGCCGUGAGAUGUCCAGCCCUGCUAACCCGCGUUCGUCAUCCCUCCUCCCUACUUUGCUCCAAAUGAACUCAUGUCAUGCACAGGACUUUAUUUCCCCGGUGAAGUGUGCACAUUGAAAGACGGAACAUUUUUGCAACAAAACUAGAGGGCCAAGCGUAAUUUCUAAACUUUCGGGCCUACAUUAAAAAUCUAAAACAAUGGUCCCAUCCAAAUGACAAGCUGACUAAAUGGACCUAGGUUGUAAAAUGUCAUCAUUUGCUGCGUAAUUCAGUAAAGACUUUUAAAAUAAACUCUACCUGGCAUUUUGUCAGUCAGUUUUCCCCUCCUCAUGUAAAUGAGGUCAGGUCGUGAAGGCUUGUUGACGUGACAUUUCAGCAGCUGCCGGUGCCCGAGGGAAGCUUAGUGACCAUAGUGCCUAUCUGUCUUUUAAGUUACCAACUUCACUACAUGGGGGGGUGAUGUAAAUCAAUAUAACAAUGGCUACAUCCAGAGGACUCUCAUUCUGUACUACACACAGAUGGUGUGCAUGAAUAUCAGAACUUAUGAAGUGAGUAGGUGUUGUACUCUUCUGUCAAAAAUGGAAACUAAAUCACAACUCCGUACAAUAGUUCUGGACUGGUUGUUCUAUCAAAGUGAUCUCCCAGAGCUCGUUGCCUACCUAACAUUGUAAUCUCUAAAAGGACACAUCGAUUCCUCGGUUCAUAAAUGAUGAAAAGACAUUUUAUAUUUGUAGAGAUUAUCCAUUGAUUUUCAGACUUGUGUGGUCUGAAGUCAUACAGGCCUUCUUAUUUAUGUUUUCCCCUCUGAUUUACUUCUUAUUUGUAAGAGGAUAUAUAAGUCUUAAUCUCUAGCCCCCCCUCCCUUUAAUUUGCAGGAGUGCAAUAUGAGAGAAUUGACGAUUUGAGCUAAUUUAUGAGAAUGUAAACAUUUCUAAAUAAAGCUGCUGUAUGCAAUAACA